AUGGGUAGACUUCUCUCCCUCGCCUACACGCGCCCCAAGCGUGUUCGGUUAGUUCAGUCGAGCGACUCGCCCGCUCACGUCGAGAGUGAUGGAUCCCUGCGCUCCGGUCAGUCCGGCAGCUCGGCCGGCAUCCCCGACUCGCUGUCGUUUGACAACAUCAUGGGCAGCGGCACCUGUCCUGUAGGUCGUGUCCCGUCGUCCCCGCUCUGCCGUGAUGAUCCGGCCUCGGCCAUUCUCCCCAUGACGAUUCGCGAUUUCAUGAACUACCUUCUCUACGUCGAGCACGCGGCCGAGAACCUCCAGUUCUGCCUCUGGUACCGAGAUUACACCACACGCUUCAACGAAGCUCUGGCAAGCGAAAUCUCCCUCGCUCCCGAGUGGAGCCAGGCGAUGGAGGAGGAUGCCGUCACCAAGAUCCGCAAGGAAAUGGCCGAGAAGCUUCGACCCGAGCCCGAGGCGGCCGAGAUCUUUCAGGGCACCGACUUUGAGAAGAAGCAGCCGGACACGUUGGUGACGAGCGCCCUCCACACGUCGCCCCAGACCUCGCACGACGGCGGAGCCGACGACGGCUCCGAGCAUACGGCAGCCCACAGCAGGCCUUCAGAAACGGCGUCGGCCUUCAAAUCGCGCGCUGCCGACAUGUUCACCUCGGCCGGUGUCAAGCAGCCUUUCACCAUCCAGCCUUUCCGUGAGGAGAUCAACCGCGUCAUCACGACCUACAUACUCGAGGGCGCACCGCGGCAGCUCAAUCUCUCGUCCUGGGAGCAAAAGGUGACGGCUCGCGCUCUCUCGUACACGACGCACCCGAGCGCUCUCCGCUCGCUCCACAAGUCUGUCGAGGCCUCUCUUCGCCACCAAGCGCACCCCAACUUUGUCCGCUGGUCCAUCUGCAACGGCAACCCCGCCCGUGUCACCUUUGCCCGUGCGCUCGGGGUUGGCCUCAUCGCCGCGGGCAUCGCCCUAGGCAUCGUUCUCACCUUGAGCAAGCUAGGCCGAGGCUACCGCGCGCUGGCCGCCAUUCCCUUGGUCCUCGGCAUCAGCACCCUCGUGGCCGCGUACAAGGGCAUGUGUGUCGUCCUGCACGGCAUGCAUCAUCGCCACGUCCGUCCAUGGGAGCUGUUUGCCCACAAGGACGGUGAGGAGCUGGGCAAGAAUAGCUUCGAUUCCUUCGGGUCCAAGAUCAGCUACGAGGAUGAGCCGUGGGUCGUCAGGUACGAGAAGCGGAACAUCAUCCGCAAGAUCUUUGAUCGUGAGGUGUGGAUCGAGGAGCCCGCACUCCGCCAGAUUCAGGACACCAUCUUUGUCCAGGCCCUCUUGGCCUCGCUGCUCCUCGGCGGUAUCGUGACCGCCAUCUUCGUCGCCGUACCAGGCGGGGACCUGUUCUGA